AAUGAAUAAAGUCAUAUUGAUUUUGGUUGUAUUAAGCAUAACACAAUCAGUUUUUGUUAAAAGAUCAAACGAUCCUACAAAGGCUGUUUUUACUUAACUUGAAGCUAUGGAAGAGCAUGAAUUAGGCAAAAAACUAUUAGACACAAUAGCCCUUUAAUUAAACAACAAAGCCCCAUUGUCAGAUAUUGCAAAGAUGCUUUAAUAAUUAAGGGAAAAUCUAAUUCUUAAUUAAUAAGAAGCCGAUUAAAAGCAUGCUUAAGAUGAAGUUGAUUGUGAAACAGAAAUUUACUAAUACAAUAGAAGAAUUGAUUAUGCUUCUGCUGAAAUAACAGAUUCUACAACAGAAAUAGCAACAUUAACUUCAAAAGUCGAAUAAUUGGCUUAAGAUGUUGAUAACAAAAAAAUUUAACUUGAUAUUUUAAAUGAAUAAGAAACAUAAUUAACUGAAUAAAGAGCUAAUGACAGCUGACGAUUUUAUAAAAUUUGAACAUGAAACUGAAAAUGUGAUAGAAGCUAUUGAAGUUAUUUUUACCAAAUUAUCCUCAAUUUAACCUGAAUAAGAAGUAGUUUAAAUUUUAACAUAAUUAAAUUAAAUUGGUGCAUCAAAUCCAAUUUUAGCAUUAAUGUAAGUUGCAUCAACAUUCUCAAAAGAUCAAUUAAACAAUGUUUUAAAUAAAUUGAGUGAAGUGAGUGCAUCUUUGGAAUAAAGUCUACAUGAUGCCAGAUAAUCUGAAAUAUAAGCUUAAUUAGAUUAUGAAAGAUUAAUGGUUGAAAUAGAAAGUUAAAGAGAAUCAUUGUCAUCAGCUAGAGAAGAUUCUGAAAGACAAUUAAAAGAUAAUGAAUAAGCAUUAGAUCUCUAAAAAAAGAGAAAAGAAGAUGCUACUGAUGAAUUAAAUGCUGCCACUUCAGGUAAAGAAUAAAAAGAAGGUGAAUGUGAUGGAUGGAGAACUUAAUAUGCUGCUGAUACUGAACAUAGAUAAUAAGAAAUUUCAAUAAUUAGAUAAAUUGAAGAAAUAUUGGCAACUAAACUCAAAAACGUCAAAGUGUACUUAUUAGAAAGAUCUUCUUCAUGA